CAAGUGUCACGAUAUUGUAGAAUGAGGAAACAAGAUGGCGGAUUCUGUGGAAGUAGAAAACAAGGUUGGCGAGCGCGAGGCGGACAGAACUGCCACAAUUUUGCAAGACACUGCAAAGGAUUACGCCGAGUAUGUCCUGGUCGAUCCCCAGAGGGAGAAGCAGCAACUAGAUGAAAAGAUAGAAGAAAUGCUAACGAGGCUGGAUGAAUUCUGCGCUGUUGUAGACAUGAUUCGCACAGAUUCCUCCCUGUCACUCAACAGAAGUCUUCCAGGCAUCCAUGCCAAAGCUCAGGAGAUCAGAGGCAUCUUCCAGCGUAUAGACCGACUUGAGGAGUUUGUGAGCGUGGUUCGUGACAAUGUCGCAGCUAUGGAAGAGGAAGUGAACGAGGUAGAACGAGAGCAAGGAACUCUUCACUCCAUCAAGAACCUGCUGAGUACCCUGCCCGUCUUCACCACGAAAAGAAGUUCAGGCCCAAAGCCCCCAAAGAAAUUCACACCGUUGGAGAUUUUCAAAACGUCUGAUUACAUCAAGGCUGAGCCCGAUGAAACACCACCAGUGCCGGAGGCAAAGAACGGAGACACAUGAUAUGAAUCAAAGGCACAAGUCUUGCCCUUCUUACAACUCAUUGUCUAAUUUCCCAACUCUUUUCCAUAAUGAUGCCACACAACCUCCUGCAGUUGUUCUGUCUAACCCACAGUGUCAGUGUUUGUAGACAUACAGCCAGCUGUCAAAAAGUUUCAGACCACCUGGAAUUUUGUCAGUAUUUCUGUCACUGGCCUGCAUUACAGUUUCUCAUUGAAUUGUUACAUUAUAUGUUUUAACGGUGGUCCAUAACAUCCGAGUAUUGCUAUGAGCCCAGUUCAGUGAAAUUUUUUGCAAAGGCAGGUUUUGUGUAACAUUUUGUCUUUAAUGCCGCCUGGUAAAGAUGCUAGUCAAAGUCAUCAGACACAGAAGAGGGCACACUAAAUAUUAGACUGGAUUCAUUGCAAAUCAUUGAAAUGUAACCAAGAUACCGAGGUUACACGUUGAAAAUGAACAUGAUUGCUAUGAUUUAUUGGUUCAAGUUUGGUUUCUCUUCAGGUUAAUGCAUUUUGUUGGGGGUGUCCCAAAGUUUUAGAAAUGACUGUAUAUACUAUGUGAUUCCACACAAUAACUGAAGGGCUGGACAUUUGCACCACAUUAAACCAGAUGGUGUAACGAAGUGCUGAGAAAAAAUGCAGUUUGGGGUCCUUGACGGAAACUUUGAAAUCAUGUGACAUACAUGUACACCCUAGCAUGGGGAAAUCCACAUGAUUUUAAUAAUCACUUCGUAAUGCAACAGGUACAUGAACAUUUUUUUUAAAAAUCAUUCCUUUCCAAAGAUGCAAAAUUGUUGCGACGUUUCAUAUCAUGUUUAGUUAAUGUGUACAAAAUUCUCACCUCCACACAGUUGAACAAAACCCACCCAUAAGAGACACCACCAGCCUCUUGUGUAGGGAAGUGAAAUCACUUGAAAAUACUUGUACAAUCAGUGUCACUUGGGACCUCAUUGGUGGAUUUGUGGCCAGGUCAAGAAGAUGUGACUAACAGAGUUAGCCUCAGUUCCUGUGUGCUCUCUGUGCAUCUCCCAUACCGUGUACAACUGUAUGGGUUUAUUUUGCAUGCGAAUGAGAGAAAAAAACUAGAUGAUUUUCCUCCUUCUGACAGUGUACUCAAAGAUACAAAGUUACGAAUGACUAUAAAUAAAUGAGAAUGGUAUCAACAGUUGGUUUACUCAUUUUUGUAUAUACAUGGUGUGCAGCUGUUGAGGCAUGAUUGGAGAGAUUAAUAUAAUCUUAAAAAAUUGUACAUUGAUAAUAAAUCUGCAAUUGUGAAUUGCUGUCAAAAUGAA